AUGGCAUAAAUAGGCAUGCAGUGAAUACUCCCAACCGCAAUUUAGAGAGAGAGAGAGAGAGAGAGAGAGAGUAAGAAUGUACCCCUUUUGGGCAGCCAACCUUGGAUCAGGACGCAUGCUGGGGAUGGAGGUGGAGGCGCAGGGAAACAGAGGAGAGAGAAAGAGCCUUCAGGCCAUCUCCGAAUAUCUCAUGUCUGAAACCGACCAGAGCAAGGCCUUGAUCACGGGAAACACUAGCAUGGUGGUACCCGACUACGGGAUGUUUAUUGAAGAAGGAGAAGAGGCAGGAAGGGACAUCCAGAAUCUGCAGCCCAAGAAGCACAAGCGGAUGAUCAAGAACCGCGAAUCCGCUUCCCGUUCCAGAGCAAGGAGACUUGCAUACACGACGCAGCUUGAAUAUGAAAUUUCACAGUUGAAGAAGGAAAAUGAAGCGCUAAGGAAAGAAAGGCUGCUGGAAAACUUAGCUAAGCAAGCUGCUAUACAAGGGAAGUCAGCGCUCCGUCGAGUUUCAUCAGCAGAAUUCUAGAGAGUUUACAUCUUCUCUCUCUCUCUCUCUCUCUCUCUCUCUGGUAUGUGUUUGACAAACUCUCUUCGUGAAUGUAAAAUAAAUGUUCAGCUUCUAUGAAGUACGAGCUUGGUUGUGUAACAUUCUGAACUCUAUCGCAAGAAUAUUUCAUCCAUUCCCCGUUCAGUGUAAGCGUGAUCUGGAUGAUCGUUAUCCUUCAUGAUCGUUAUCCUUCUCUUCAAUUAUUUUCAGAACCUAUCUAACUCUUGUAGAUUUCACUCGUUGGUAAAUACUGACGAGGUCAUGCAUGCAUGAACAUAAAGUAUUUGACUUGACGUUAGUUCUGUAAGCUGGUGAGAUUAUGUAGCAGCAAGUGACUUCGCACGAACAUGCAACCCUCUCCCCGUAUCAACGGUGGCAUAUUGGUUUGCUCGCCCGUACGUUGCUUACCCGACCCGAUCCGCUGAUACCAAUCGGCCUGAGAAAGAGAAUUUAUAGGCCUGUAUCUGCCAGCAUUCUUUCUGCAAAGGGCUGAUACAAAAUGUGUUUCCGCCGAUACGUUCUAAAUAUAGAACUCUGUAGUUUAGAUCAUGCGGGCCCUUGCGAACACCUAACGUUUGUUUUACCCAUGAUCUUUGACGUUCCAGCCAGGUGCCCACGAGAUUCAGAGAAAAUUGCAGACAAUUGUGUUCUGAAUCACGAGCCCCUUGCACAAGCAUCUGGGGAAAACAAUCUGAUGCACGAAAUAGAAAGUCCACGAAGAAGUACUCAUAAACUAUUAAUUUAGGGGCCGACAUUUUUUUCCUGAAAAAUCUUCCUGUGAACACGUACAGUGGGUGAAAUUUUUUUCGUGAAAUUUCAAGCUUGUUUGAUUCUAGGAUGUAGGGGAGGGCGCAAUUCCGCCUUUAAAGCGCAUCCUACCUUUUGGGUUGCUAAUCAGACGCCCGACAGAGAGCAAAUUCAAAAUUUGGCUUCCACUUGAGGUAAGUCCAAACUUGCCAGGCAGGUUAGGCAGGCCUUGAGGU